UUAUUCUUCUCAAAUUCACUUACAAAGACCCAUGCCGUUAAAAACAAAGGUUUCUCCCCAUUUCUCCAUCAAUGGAGAAGAGUAAAGUCCUUAUAAUAGGAGCAACUGGAAGAUUAGGUUACCAUUUAGCUCAAUUCAGCCUUCAAUUUGGUCACCCAACUUAUAUUCUCAUAAGAGAUUCUUCUUUAAAUGACCCCAACAAAGCUCAAAAACUCAACUUUCUCUCCACUGCUGGUGCCAUUCCCCUCAAGGGUUCACUUGAAGAUGAAAAUAGUCUCACGGAAGCAGUGAAACAAGUGGAUGUAGUUAUUUGUUCAAUCCCAUCAAAACAAGCUCUUGAUCAAAAACUACUUCUUAAGGUUAUUAAAGAAUCUGGGUGUAUUAAGAAGUUCAUUCCUUCUGAGUUCGGUGUAGAUCCCAACAAAAUUCAGAUAUAUAACCUGGCUCAUCGUUUCUAUGCUGGAAAAACUGAGAUUAGACGUCUUAUAGAAGCUGAAGACAUUCCUUAUACUUACAUUUGCUGCAACCUAUUCAUGGGUUAUUUACUUCCAUCGUUAGCUCAACCUGGUUUAAAGGCUCCCCCGAGGGACAAGGUCACUAUUUUCGGAGAUGGAAAUGCUAAAGCCGUCUUUGUGAAGGAUGUUGACGUUGCUGCAUGCACCAUCAAUGCCAUAGAUGAUCCUCGAACGCUUAACAAGACAUUGUAUUUGAGACCCCAAGGGAAUGUAUACUCCAUCAAUGAGCUUGUAGCAAUGUGGGAGAAUAAAAUUGGUAGGGAACUCGAGAAGAUUCAUGUACCGGAAGAGGAGCUUCUUCUGAAAAUCAAAGAGAGUUCAUAUCCGGACAACUUGGAGAUGAUUUUCAUAUAUUCUGCCUUUGUGAAAGGAGAUCAUACAUAUUUUGAUAUUGAUGAGUGUGGGGUUGAUGGGACUAAACUCUAUCCACACUUGAAAUUCACUACAUCUCUUGAUACAAAGAGAUUGUAGUGGAUUGUGACGAUUUACCCCGUGGACGAAGAGCUGUAAGGAUGGUAGGAUGGUAGGAUUGUGGGUUGCCAGAGAAGAUCGGAGAGGGGGAGAAGAGAGAGUAUGUUGGUCCCUUUAUCAGGUUAAUUACUUUUAAUCAUUUUCAAGAUGUCAUGUGUUGUCCAUUGACCUACUGAUAUCUUAUCAUCAUAGGUAUGAGCUGUUAUGCCAAGACAACGAGUAUGUGUAAUGUGUGAGCAUGGUAUAGGGUCGUAAGGUCAUGGGUUUUCUAGUGUUUUCAACUCACGAGAUGAUCCCUCUUAAUCAAGGAUAUUGACUCACGAGGUCAAGAAAACGUGUGGUAUAACUAGAUCAAAGAAAGCAACAACUACCAUUCGUCCACCAGAGCUUAUAGCAAGAGAAUCAAAUCUUGCAAAGAUGGUUUCAGUCACUUGACAAGGAAAACCCUAGUCAUCACGUUGGUACCCAUAAGGAAGCAGGCAACGAAAAUGCUAACAGUGAAUGAACAAGCAAACACCCCUUAAUCAAAGGAAUUGGGGUCAAAACAAAGCAUGAUGAUCGGCACAAAACCUGGCAACCCCAAAGUUGAAAGAAUUGGGGUCAAAAUAAAGCACGAUGAUCGGCAAUAUUUUUUAAACCGGAUCGAUAAUUAAAUCGAUCAAAUCACUAAUUUACCGAUCUGAUCAAUCUGAUAAAAAAUUAUUAAAAAUUCAAAAACUAAAAUAUCUCAAGUCAA